AACGGUCGGUUGUGGAGCUGGUGGAAAGUCGUUCAUUAUACCCAGUGUGAGCCGCCGAAGCCAUUCAGCAAGCGAGCGAUGGAGGGGGGAGGCAGGGUUUCGUGGAUGAAAUAUGGGCCUGUUGUGUCCCUGUUUGUGGUUCUUUUAGCCGUUUGGUUCCGGUCACCCCAGAAUGAAGUGCUGGACGACCGGCUGGACACGGUCCUGUCCUCUCUGCUCCGGGCUGAACGGAAAGUCGGCAUGAACAACGUCGCCAGACCGAGAGUGGCUGUUGGUUUUGGAGGUUGUGUUGACCUGAUAGUGGAUGGGGUAUCUUUGCUUAAUAAGAUCGGCCUGCCUCCCACAGACCAGCCGCUGCAUCAUGACUACAUCGAAAAUGCCGAACAGUUGGCUCAGAGCUUUGCCUACUUCUUCGCACCAGGAGCUGCUGCAGAGCGUUUUAUGCUAAAUGACACCCUCUUCAGUGAGCUGGUUGAGGCGUCCCGUGACUUACCUGGGAACAGAUGGUCAGUAGGCGGCAAUGCUCCGGUAAUGGCUGGUCGCAUGGCAACCGAGGGAUGUGAGGUGUUGCUAGGGGGAAGCUUCAGCCCUGACUUUACUGAUGUCCUGUCCCAGCACAUCACAGUGGCAGGAAACAUUGUAGAAGAGCCAGACAUCCAUCUGAUCUUAGAGUAUCCAUCUGGAGCAAGCUGGGGGCACUAUAUCUCACGUAGAGCCAACAGAUAUAUCAUCCACAGUGAUGACCAUAACCCCUACCUGGCCUCCAUGGAGGAGUUUGCUGAGAAACUUGAAGACUUCAAUCCAGAUCUGCUGGUGGUGGGCGGUCUGCAAAUGAUGGAUAGCUUCCCCUUCCAGUCAGGUGAGAGGGAGGCUCUCCUCUCCCGCCUUGCCGACCUCCUGUCCUCCUCAUCCCCUCAGAUUGGUGUCCAUUUUGAGAUGGCCAGUUUUGUAGAAGAGAGUAUAAUGGAAGACCUGCUUCAUUUUGUCAUUCCCCAUGCCGACUCCUUGGGGAUGAAUGAACAGGAGCUCCCAAACCUGCUUAGCCUGCUGAAAGGCUCCAACAUCACAGUGCUGUCAGACCCAAACCCUCGUGUAGCUACUGUCCUCGACCAAAUGAGGGAGGUCUAUCGCAUUCUAAACCAGCACUACAAGGACGCAAACAACGCCAGUGAAGAAGGUGAAACAAACAGUGCUAAAGCUAAGGGGAAACCGCUGACCCGGCUCCAUGUGCACACACUCGCCUUUCAGGCCAUGAUUGUGACCCGUGGCUCUCAGUGGAAGAACACUAUGUCAGCCACUGCCAAGGCUUCUCUCACAGCAAACCGUCAUGUCUGUGGCUCUAAUGACAUUGACCCCAGCAAGGCGAGGCUCAUCAUGGAUGACUCAUUCUCCGUUAGCAGACGGGAGGGCAGCCAGCGUAUCCCUCUGCAGGAGACCAGGCCCGUCAGCUGCUGGGAAGAGGAGGAUUAUGAGAUCUGUGUGGCACCCGUGCUGGUGUGCACUGAGGUUUACCAAACUGCAGGUGGAGGAGACAACAUCUCAGCUGCUGGCCUUGUGCUGCAGAUCUAGACAAGGACACUAAAUGCUCUGUCUGUGUGUGUAGUGCUAACUACAUGUUGGCAACAACGUGACCCUAGGAACUUGAUCUAGGAGUGAUGCAAAAAGCCGUUGUGGCAAACACACAUAAUGAUGAAACGUAUCAAGGCUAAUGCUAUCACACUUGCAGUUUAUGGCCCAAGUGGACCAUAAGCAAAAUUGAUUGUUAUCACUCAUAGGAGUCAGGUGAUGGGCUACAGUGGUUAUUAAUCAGGUUAAACCAAUAUAUUUUAAAUAUAUGGGCUCAGUAUUAUUAUACAGAGUCUAUAUUAACCAGACUUUCUUUAGUUAAUGCUCAGUUUGGUAUCUGUGUGUGUGUGUGUGUGUUUGCGUGCGUGUGUGCAUUGCGUUGUGACUUAUACAUAUAGUAAUAUGUAUUUCUAGUGUCUUUGCCUGAGUGCAAAGCCCUCAGGUAUCCUUUUUAUGUGAUUUUUAGAACCAAAACUUUGAGCAGACAGUGCCCUGUUAUGUCUCAUAUCCAACAUAUUUGCCAGGUCAUUGUAGCCCAUCACCUGACUUUAGUGAUUUUUCUAAACUGUCCUCCUCUUUUUCUCCAAGGCCUUAUAAGACUUGGCCUUCAGUCAGGGUGAGAUAAAGAGGGAUGAGGUUUGGACACCUGGUUGUUUUUAUAGAACCACACUGGGUAGCUUGUGGCAUGGUAUUUUUGAAUUGUCACUCAAGACUAUGAAUGCAUAAUAGGUCUUGCUGUGUUGGCAGGGCAGAAGAAUGCAGGGCUGUAGAACUAUUUCUCUAAGAUAAAUUCUCUUUGUGUCAUUUAAACCUGUGGCUCUACUAUGCAGCAGACUCCUCCAGAGUUGUGUAAUUACUGAAAUAGCUGAAUCUUUUCUUUCUUGGCAGCAUGUUUAUUAGGUGUUUUCACCCAAUCAAAAUCUUCAGGUCUAACCACUUAAUAAGCCUUUAACCUCACCUGCCUUGCAGCAAAUGCAAUUUUCAGAAGAGACGGUCUAAAGCUGAAAAAUCAACAACCUGGCAGUUUUAAACGGUCACAUCUGAACUAUUUAAAUGAGAAGGCUCUGUCCUGCCUCUUCCCUCUUAUGUCUCAUUCUCAGAGGCAAAGAAAGAUCCUUCCCAUUAUAUGUGAAAAAUGUGCAUACUGGUUUGGGUGAGUUUGAUUUGUUUUAGGAUUGUCAUUCCUCUGUGUGUCAGUUGCAGUGCAAUAAUGCAAAAACUAUGUCAAGAGACCAUUGUUGGUAGCUGGAAAUGAUGUCAGAAAUUGCCUCUCUACCUCCAUGCUCUUCCUGUUUCACCCUCCCUUUUUGCCACCUCCUUAUUGUUGUCUCUCCCCCAUGUUUCUUUGUCAUACUUUUCUAUUAUCUGUCAUAUUUCUUCCUCAUUUCUCUUCUUGUUUUUUUUAUGGCUCUUUAAGGACCAAAUAACCAGUGUGUACUGGUUGUGUACAACACUGCUGUAAGGAGGAAGUUAUAGGCAGCCAGUUCUCACAUUCUCACAUGAUAUGACUGAAUACAGCGGAACACAAUCUCAUCUCUAGUUUUAGGCUUUUCUAAGACAAAGGGUGGUAGCAACAUGACAUUGUAAGCUUGAAUUGGAGCCAUGGUGCUACUUACCAUGAAUCCCUCUAAUUGUGGAACAGUGGACCACACUGAAUUUCUUCAUCUCACCCGCAGCAAGAUCAGCACCAGAUAUCUCUCCCCUCAUUGUCCAGCUACAAGAAAGAUCCACAGCUUUGACUCUUAGCCACUACUAUCUUAAUCUCCUUUUCUUAAAAUAAUUGUUGAUGAGAUAAACUCUAUAAGUACAGCCCUGUCUCUAAAUGACCAUCAUCAUCAUACUCCCAAUUGCACUCUUUUCAUGAUCACUUUUUUUUAUUUGAAAACACAUUUACAGAAGCAACUGGACUUAAAUUGGAAUUAUCCAUCGUUUCUCUCACUUUGUACAAGUCAAACAUUCCAUCACAGAGCCAGCCUCAGUUAUUUUCCCCAUUCAGAUUGAGGUUUGUUUCACAUGUACACCUCAACAUGGAAGUGGAGUAUUGUUUUCUUGUAUACACCAUUUCAUUUCUUUUGUUUCUUAAAACAUGCUUGUUAAAGCCCCCUUUCUGCGAGGAACACAUUUAUGCUUGUUAUAAUGCGACAUGUAUGAGGUCAAGAGAAGAGACGAAUCUAAAGGUAAAUUAAUCCCUUUAAAUCUUUUCUCUGUGUAUCAAGACCGCUCUGAUUUGAUGAUGUUUGAUUAUGCUGAGCCUUAUUCUGUCUCCACUUUUGGUGUUUAGUGAAAAGGGAAUGUUUAAUACAGAGUUUUUCUAUUACUGUA